AUGCUGAUGCUGGAGACAGACAUACAAGACUGGUCUUCCGCUAGGCCCUCCACAUCACCUCCGCUGCAUGACAGCGCGGCCAAUUGCUUGACCAAGAAGCCGUCGUCAGCAUCGUUUCGCGAUUCGCGCUCGGAAUCACCGGUUGUUCUGGCGAGUACAGAGUUCAUGGUGCCUGGCAAUCCGAAUUUCAGGGAAAAGCCUAUGGAACCGCGUUCCACAAUGCGCGUGCCUCCCUUCCUCAAUCCCUUGGUAAAGCCGGAUCUCCCGAACCACGGGAGGCCUUCAUCCAACGCUGCUUCUUCAAAGAUAACCAAAACAGCACCGAAGGAGCAGGCUGCAACAUCAAGAGAGGGUGCUGCUAGUUUGCCUUCAGCUCCUUCAACAGCAUCUACGACAACAGCUGAAACCACAAAGGUGGCUGAUGCACCCUUUAGAGAUCCCUCACGCGAAAAAGUAGGAGUCUCUGCCGCUCCGUCGACAUUAGAAAAAACACAACAACUUGCUGCACAAGGUGAUGCAGGGACUGCUAGGAGGAAACCAUUGCAAGUAGCGUCCUCUCCUGUUUCUUUAGCAGGUACAUACAAGUCUACGGACCCAGUCGUUCCUGCACCUGGUGUGGGGAGUGUACUGGACAAGCAAAGCUCGGCCAUGCAGCAGCAAACACGUCUCAACCAAGAUAAUGUAUCCCUCAAAGGCACUCUACCGCUUAUGCGAACGGCUCAGAGGACUGCUCAAGAGGGAACAGAGGGGACAACAGUCAAAGCGAUGCCGUAUAACUCAUCAUUAGCUUGUCUCGUUGCGGCUCUGGGCGCAUCGAGCCUCCGCUUGGCAGCUGCCGCAGAAGAGGGUCUCGACAGCAGCCCUUCAGAUAAUGGCAGCAGAAUAUUUCAGACCUCAGAGCAAUACCGAAUAAGGAGAUCGGGAAGCGCAGCAACCGAACUUCUCCAGUCGGUAUCACCUUCAACUCCAGAAACGAAUUCUCUAGCUUUCCCUCAAAGACAAAGCUCUGCCUUCACCCGACGCUUCCUACCCGCUCCAAAGACGACGGCAAUGGCCAGAAGCAGACGAAAAUUACCUCAUUCUUCAGAUGUUUCUCGAAGCAGCAGGUUUCAAGAAACUCCGCUGCAACCACCACAGCAAAAUUCCCCCACCAAAGCAGUGUUGAGGGCUGACAGGGGCAAUGACACAACCGGGCAAAAGCAGAUUGUCAACCGUCACUAUAUUAUGGACCCUAUUCUUCUCGAUUUGCCUGUGAAUGGACCAAGCAAUGAGCCGACAGUUAGUGGUGUUUCUCAGGGGAGCGAGGUGCUGCCCUGCCGCAAUACUUGCAGUCCAGUCGCAGCAGGAAGCACUCCCAGCAACAAUUCAGGAGCCAAAAAGUCCACACAGGAAAUACAUACCACGCUUUCGGAGGAAGCCACGGCCAUUCCAACCAGUAUUCCAGAUGGAAUUCCUUGGGAAAGCCACCGACGCUCACCAGAAUUGCCUCUGCUUGCGCAUGGGACACACAGGGUUGAAACCGUGGGGCUAGACUGCGCGUCCGAGGCUUACCAUGGAGAGGAAGAGCACCAGUUUUCCCUGUUGCUACAACACUCCCUAGGGCUCUUGCGAAGAGAAGCUGCUCGGUGUUUCGCUAGCUCGCAAGCUUCUGUGAAGCAGAAGCUUUGGAGGGAGCUGCAGCACGAACGGCACUUGCGGCUGCAGCUGCAACAAGAGCACCAGGUGGGAUUUGCUGCUGCUGAAGCGGAGCUAGUUUCUCUGAGAGCGCAGAAAGUGGAGGAACACGAAAGGCUGGAGAAAAUACUGGAGAUUUCCUGCAGGAGGAGGCGCACGGAGGAGGGUUCUCAACUGCUGCGCUUUGCGUGGAAAGGAUGGCAGCUGCAGCGAGUGCUCACGGGAAGGCUCAAGAAGCUUCAGCAAGCUCUGCAGCAGCGCCGUUUGUUCAUGUUACAGCUGCGGACAUUUCUGCCCUGGAGGGCAGCAGCUGCAAGGCGCACGGUCGAGCAACAGAUUGAGCGAGCUCAGAGGUUUUUCCAGCAAGAGAUGCAACGACUUGGACAAGCGCACCUAGAAAGCACACAGAGGCAACAACAGGAACUUCGAAACCUUCAGCAGCAACUGAAUAGCGAGAUACACCUCCGUGAGUGUUUGCAACAGAGCCUCAUUGGACUGGUUGCUGGGGGAGGUGUCGGGGCGCCUCAGGGGGGUCAGACGUCCAGCCCCGGCGAUACGAUUUCCUUUGCUUCAGCACCGUCUUCAGGAAUACUUAAUACAAAACGACAACAGCGGUCAAAAGCGCCAGAAAAUCGCACGAGGCGGCAGAGGGUCCUGAGAGUAGUAGGGACGCAGUCAAACCUUCGGAGCCGACAAACACUGGCAAGCCAGAACAAGUCUGGGCAGCCCCUUGACGAGAAACUGCAGCAGUGUGAUUAUGCUGCCAGGCAACCCUGGUGGCAUUGGGUCUCGCAAAACGCCGGGCUGGGAAUAUCGGCACCUUUACUACCUACCCUGUACAAGGGCGAUCCCCGAGCAGCAAGUGGAUUUGAAGCAGAUACUGGCCGCCGUGUUAAAUUCACGGAUGAGCUGGCAAACCAGGAGCAGCAAAGCCAACAACAGAAACUUCUACUGCUUGCCAACUUACUUUCCGAGCCUUUUCCGCAGAGGCACAGCUGCAGUAGAGCAGUAUCAGGAGGACCAUCGUCUGCGCAGGUCUGUAGCAACCAGCACUGCAGCCCUUCAGGAUUGGCUCCCGCUUCUGCCCCCACGUUUAGUUGCUGGGAGCUGAUUCCCGAGAUUUCAUCCAAACAGAAUCUUGCAGCAGUAAGACGGCAUUCCGCUGAAGACAAUUCAUUGCUGCAGCAGGCUUCCAUGCAACCAAAGACAAUGCUCGGCGAAAAACGCAACUAUUCUGCGAAUGAUUCGUGGAGCCCUUCCCCCGUCUGCUCCUUUGUCCACGAUUUCUCACACAAGCAGACAAAGUGGACAUCAGCAGGGCAGUCGACUCCAGCAAUCUAG